CAUUAUUCUGUCACAUUUUUUGCGAUUCUUUCUACUACGAAAUCGGAGAUUUCUAUUUUUGUCCGGUAAACGAGUCAUUUACACAAACAUUUAUGCAGUCGGACGGGGAGGAAACUCUAUUGCAUUCAUGCUUCGACUCGCUGAAGAGUGCAGUCAUGGGUUGCUGCUAUAGCAUUUGUCACAAAGAAACGGAUCCACAGGAGAGCGAGGUGAACGAGCGCACACGCCUCCUGGAGGUGGCGGAGACGCAGGCGGCGCCGGUCGCACCCGCGGCCGCCGCCGCGCCGCCACGCAAGCCCGACGAGCAGAGCGCGCUCAACAGGAUACUACAUGAGACGGCCACGAACGUGAUCGACGUGGGCGCGCUGGGCCCGUACGCCCUGGAGGCGGUGGCGUACAACGAGCGCGUGCGCGCGUACACGGCGCGGCUGUGCGCGGCGCCGGCGGCAGUCGCGCCCACGCCGCGCCUGCUGCGGGACUUGCCGCAUGCCGAGCGGGCCGCGCUGCUGGCCGGCCCGGGGCUCUCCAGCGACGACAAGGCAUUUAUAACGAACGCAGUGAAGCGAGCAGCGGCGGCGAUAUCAGAGCUCCGAGUGGAGCACCACGAGGAGCUGGUGGUGCCGUUCCGGGUGCCAUAGCACCCCGCCCGCUCGCAGCCCCGGACUUACUACUCCUACUAGACUGCUCUAGGAUCCAAAAGAAGAAAUAUUAGGUCAUCUAUCGGGUUAUUUUUAAAAAGGUAUUUAUGUAUUAUAAUUUCGUUUGUCUUAGAGUCAACAGAAUUUUAACUUUCGAAGCAUUGGACCAAAUAUUCAUUUUACUGUCAUUUCCCAUCUCUCGUUAAGUUCAUAGACAUAAACAAUAACCAGUAUUUAAUUUUAAGUAUGUAACAAGAAUAGCACAAGGUAAUAUUCAAUGUCAAACAUAUAGAAAUGAAAUUCGUGGGCAGAGAAACUAAACACACAGCCCACUGCUGGGCACAGGCCUCCCUUCAACCGGAGGUAUGGAGCGUACUCUACCAUGUUGCUCUAUUUCUGGUAAAGAGCAGGUAACUUUUGAAACGUCUGAUCUUAAAAACGAAAGAAAGAGAUUUCUUUCUUUCUUUUUUUAAGACUUAAAUUCUUUAAGACUUUAAAUUCAAUCGAAUUUAGGAAGCUGGGGUGGGGGGGGGGGGGGGGGGGUUAAAAUGGCCGCAUGGAAGCAAUUCACCUAAGAAGGCAAUGUUGCAAUUUGACAUUUGCGCAAAUAAAAGUGAGUGCGCAAUGCAAACAAAUGUCAAAUAGCAAUAUUGCUUUCUUAGAAGAAUCGCUCCGAUGUGGCCAUUUUAAACCCCCCCCCCCCCCCC